AUGUGCUCUUCAGAGGUCGUGGUGAACAACCUGGGUGGCCAUGGUCCGGACACCUCGCAGCCACGGGAGCUUCGUUUCAGAGGUGUCGGCCAGACUUCCCAGGGGCAGGUGGAUGCGGUGCUCCGGGUGCCCUCUGGUGGGGUCUACUGGCCGAAGCGCCCCGCGCUGAACGGCCUCGUCGGGGACCACGGGGCGGCCUCGGUGAACGUGGCACAAGGCCACGAGGCCGACCUGGAUCUGCUUUUCGUGCGCUCCGCGCACGACGCGCAGGCCGGCGGCACUGGGGAGGUGGUCAAGUUGCGGCGGCUCUUUGUCUCGGUCUUCGACUCCGAGGAUCCCAUUCCGAGCAUUGUGUCUUCUGGGGAGAUCUUCAUGAGAGGCUUCGAGGCAGCCAAGUGGCCGAACGGCACAAGCACACCGAUCGGGACCCUUGUCCACCCAAACCAGGCCUGGAGCCUCCCCAGCGGGCCAGCGCCGCUCCUCGAAUUCCGCGACGUGCACACGGUGUCCAUCCGGCUCCGGGCUCUGGAAAGCCCAGGGAACUCCAUGGGAGGGCUCUGGGCCGGCCGGAACUUCUUCAUCGCCGUGCGCUCUCCGGAUUUGCAGGAGGUUGCGAGCCACGAGAGGAAGGGGCCCAUCGCCGUGCUGCCGAGCCCGCACUUGCCGAAAGGACACUUCCAGAGGUCCCAGGCGAAGGUGGACGCAGUAGCACCCAAGCACUAUGGCGACAGCCUCCUCCUUACUGCUCAGAAUGUCGUGUACAACAACCUCGGGGGUGCAGGGCCCCAUACGGACGAGCCGCCGGUGCUUCGCUUCGACCACGCCGGCUACUUCAACGGCCGGCCCCUGGACGUGGUGCUUCGGGCCCGAGGUCCUUACCAUCCCAAGAAGCCCGAGUUCAACGGCCAGCUCGGGAACGACUUCGGGGCAGCCGUCAACGUGGCGCUUGGAACCUCCCUUGAUCUGGAGAUCUCCUUAGAGCAGCACUUGCAGGGCGAGCAGAAGGCGUCCAUCCAGGUGCCGCAGCUCUUCCUCAGUGUCUGCGAUGCCGAGGAGCCGGAUGCGCACCUGACAGCCUCCGGGGAGGUCGCUGCCUCCCACAUUCAGGGCGCCUUCCUGCCCAACGGUACAGUGCUGCACGGGCCGACGGGUGAGAUUGCCUACAGCAUGCCGCCUGGCCCGGCGCCAAUCUUCGAGUUUCGGAACGCGUCCUCCAUCCAGGUCACGCUGAGGGCUGCGGCAGAGCCAGGCAGCGCCGUCGGAGGUGCCUGGGCCGGUCGCACGUUCCUGCUGGCCCUGCGCUCCCCAAGCAUCCUACAGGAGCAGAAGCUCGGGGUUCAGCAAGAGCUGCCGGGUAGAAUUCCUGCAGGCGCGCCGCGCAGCCCGACCCCGGGAACUCCUGCGGACUGGGAGGAUGUCAAAGUCUUCCUGCCCUCGCCGCUGGGCACGAAGCUGGUGCUCAACCAGUACAACGUUGCCUUCAACAACCUGGGAGGUAAGGGUCCUGGACAUUCGGACGAGCCGCCCGUCAUCCGCUUCAGCAACAUCGGAGCCCACCAGGGAAGAGGCCUCGACUUGGUCGUGCGCGCCUUGGGCAGCUACGAGCCCAGCCUUGUUGGCCUCAACGCACAGCUGGGCCACCGUGGUGUGGCAGCGGUAAACGUCAAGCUCGAGACCUCCGUAAAGCUUCAGCUGGAGAUCGUAGCCUCUGAGGCGGCAUCGCCCGAGCCCAUCUCGCUCAAGCGGCUCUACCUGUCCGUGUGCGACACGGAGGACCCCAUCGAGUCGCUGUCGGCGGAUGGGGAGGUUCAGACGAGUGGCUUCCAGGCCGUCAAGCUGGCCUCUGGGCACUGGGCCUCUGCUUCCUCGCUAGACCUGGCUCGGGAGACGGCAUGGGCCGCCUCGCACGGCCCCGCGCCAGUCUUCGCCUUCUGGAACACCGGGACCUUGGUGCUGACGCUGCGGGCGCUGCGGAGCGGUGGCGGAGCACUUGGAGGAGCUGUGGCUGGUCGGACCUUCUUCAUAUCCCUGUGGUCCCCAGAUGUGGAAAAGGCCAUGGCUUCUUUCUGA